UUCAACCGCUGGCAAAAAGAUUCAUUUCUUCGGAAUCCUCCCUUUUCGCCGUCGAUCGCCGGCGACUGGUAAAGCACACAAGCGGCGUUUCUUAGCAUCAAAUCCCAGGUAAACUUAUCGAACUAAAAGUGAGGGACCUUAAAACAAUCCCCCCAAACCUAUCUCCUUUGUUGUAUCCUCGUCUCGGCGUCUCCCCUGUGUCGCUCUCUACCACUCCAUCAGAACACAAGAACACAGCAGAACUCGUUUUUUUCUCCCACCAGCUUUCCUCCUCCGAUUUCCGAUCAAGACUACCGCUGCCGGCGUCUUCGCCUACAUCGAUUUCCGAUCCGGAUCGUGUUGUUUUUGACUUGCAAUUUCCAGGGUAAAGUUUAUUUCUAGAGAGACUGGAAUCAAUUAUACUUGACAAUGGAAGUCCAUGAAGAACCACAAGAAAGUGUUCAUCGUAAAACUCCAAAGUUGCCUGGAACUGUAAACUGGGGUACAGCAACCAUUGUUGGAGUAUUUGCUGGCAUGUUAUAUGGAGGCAGCAAGGAAGCCUCUGCUUCUGUUAGCAAGGAUGCAGAAGUAACAUUGAAACUUGGGAGCACAUCUGACAAGAGAGAACAAUAUAGAUUAAUGAGAGAUGCAAUGGAGAAAAGGUUUAUCAGAAUUACACGUGGUUCAAUAGUAGGUGGUGUUCGCCUUGGAAUGUUCACAGCUGCAUUUUAUGGAUUGCAAAAUCUUCUUGCUGAAAAAAGAGGAGUUCAUGAUGUUUAUAAUGUAGUUGGAGCUGGUUCUGCUACUGCUGCUACAUUUGGUCUAAUCAUGCCUGGAUCACUUGCAUGGCGUGGAAGGAAUGUCCUGUUAGGAUCCGUAUUGGGCGCAACAUUUUGCUUCCCUUUAGGAUGGCUGCAUUUGAAACUAGUGGAGAAAGCAAAUGAAGGAGAGAGUGUGGUUCUUCUUCCUGAAGGCAACAAAGCAAAGGGGGGUGUAGGUGCUGCUAUUGAAAGGCUUGGAGGAAGCACAAGCGAAUAAUAAUUUUAUAGCAGUGUCACAUGAAUUCUGAAAUAUUGGUUUACCAAAUCCAGUGAGUAUGUAUUUUGCCAGAUGUAUCAAAAUGUGAUCAAAAUACAGAAAGAGUGUGGAUCAUAUACGGCUUUGUGGAUCCAAAUUUUGUAACAAGUCAGUUAUGUUAGUUUAAGUGGUUAAUAGGAUAGUUAAAACGUAGUUUUAUAAUCUUAUCUUUUGUUAUAUACUGUUUCUUUAUAAUAAAAAGGUGGUACUUGUUUUCUAGCA